AUGAAAAAAAAGCAAAUGCAAAGGGGAACCAAUCAAAAGUUAGGUUAUCCGAUUUCGGCUUUUUAUUUAGGAUUUAUAAGUAAAAAACCCCCCCGUGCAACUCAUAUCUAUUUUUUUAUAACUGGGUUUAUAUUGCUGCUCUGGAAUUAUGGUAACUCAUUUAUUUUUCAUAUUUACGAAUUAGGCUUGAGUGUUGUUCAUCUUUUUAUCGGUGUUUACUCAACACUUGCUACUCUUCAUAUAUUUGGUCCGACAAAUCUAUCCGUUGCUCUCACAUUUGUAUUUAACAUGACUUAUCUUCUUGUUGGCUAUUAUUACAUGAACUAUGGCACAUAUGAUAUCAAUUGGACCAUGUCUUAUUGCAUUCUUUGUCUCCGCUUAAUUGGAAUUGCAUGGGAUUUUCGAGACGGGAGUCUUCCUAUCGAGAACCUUUCAGAAUAUCAGAAAAAUGCCGCAAUCAAACGAUUACCGGAUCCGCUUGAAAUUGCCUCCUUCUGUUUUAUGCCCACUUCAUGUUUUGCAGGGCCACAGUUUACAUGGCGUCAUUAUCAGUCCUUCGUAAACCGCACGCUUCGUCCAAAAAUUGUCUUACAGAACCGUUCCUCGUUGCAAAAGCACUUGCUCAAUCCAAAGUUGCAUCGAACUCUCUCUCGAUUAUCAUCUGGUUUCAUUUGUUUGGCGAUUAAUAUUAUUUCUCAAACUUAUUUUCCCAUGGAGUACAUGACUACUAAGAAAUUCCUAACAGAGCAUUCGUUCUUCUAUCGACUGGGCUAUAUGGGCUGCUACUCCAAAUGUCUCAUUUUUCGGUACCUCGCAAUCUGGCUUAUUGGGGGCUCAAUGUUCACAAAAAAAAAGAAUGCAAACAGUGCGGGGGAGGGUUUGAAUACCCCUGUUAGCAACAAAGAAGAAGAAGCUAUGCCUUUGGAGUUGUUUUUGCUUCAUAAUAUUAACAAAUAUCCAUUUGGAUUAAAAAAGGCGAAAUUAAUGAACAUGGAGGAAGAGGGAGCUUGUGUAUUAUUAGGUCUAGGCUGCACUGGUCGAGUUCGAAUCGAGUACACUGAGAAAAAAGAGGAGGCGAAGGUGGAGGAGGAGGACGUGAAGAAGAAGAGGAAUAAUAAUAAUGGUAAGGAGGAGGUGAACGCUGCUAAUACACUGCGUAAAGUGGCAGUGCUGAGCAGCAACGCUGGGGCUGGAUUUCGUCUGGAGUCAGAACUGUGCCCUGAGGACUUCCAAGCACUGCAAGAGGGUCGAGCCACCCUAGUGGAGGAGCAGCAUAUUCGAUGCGCCAACGUUUCUAUCGUCCGCUACGAACUCGCGACCAACACCGAUCUCCUUGUCUCCUCUUUCAAUAUCAAUACCAACAAGUGGAUGCUUGAGUAG